CCUGAAUAAAAAUAGUCUCCAACCCCACUGAAUGAUAAGCAGGAAAGAAGGUAGGAGACAAGACACUGCAGGGACUGACCAGCAAUUGUCAGAGGUGUCUCCUCACAAAAGCAGUUUUUAGAUUGUACCAUGGUGGAGGAGCAGUCUCGCCUCCUAACAGGGGAUGGCUUAAAAGACCAGGAGAAUGUCUUACUUUCCAAUGAGAAGGACAGCGCUGAUGACAUUAAAGAAGUAGUCCCCAGUCAAGAGAUGCCAUUAAAAAAUAAGGCAGAUAGUUUAGCUCAUGAAGACUCAGAAGCUGUUGGUCAAGAUAAGAAAACACUAGAUGCUAAGGGAGAGGGACAAGUUGGUAAUGAAGAUAAUAGCACUGUUGAUACCAAGGAAGAGACUACUUCAGAUGUUAAGGAAACAAUGGUAUCAAACACAGAGACAGCAGAAAUAAACUCAAACAAAGAUACAGAAGAAAUGGAAAAGACAGAAGAUGAUGAGACAUCCACAAAUAGCAAAGAGACUCCCGAAGAUACAGAUAUUAGCCAGAAGGCAAAAGAGGCAGAAGACAACACUGUUUGCAAAGACGAUGAAACUAAGAGAGAAGAUCAGUUACUUCAAGCUGAAGGAGAACAGAUUUCAGAUGACAGCACAACAAGCAAGAGCCCCAGCGAAGAAACAACUAGUGAGAGUGCUACAAAAGCCAAGAUUCCGCCACCAGCUAAAGCACCUUCUAAGGAAAAGGAACAUCCAGAGCGAAAACAAGAUCUACCUCGUUCUAAAACUAUGCCUAAGUCAUAUGGAAGGGCUACAAGAAAAGACAUUGCAGAGAAAUUUGGGGGGGUGGGCACAUCAGGUGUCCGUGUGCAGAGAUCGACAAGCUGUGGAGCAAGUGCUGUGAAGAACAUGUUAUUAGAGUGGUGCCGGGCAAAAACAAAAGGCUAUGAGGGUGUAGACAUUCAGAAUUUUUCCAGCAGCUGGAGCAAUGGCCUUGCAUUCUGCUCUCUAAUGCAUGCUUUCUUCCCUGAUGCAUUUGAUUAUGAUUCUCUGGAUCCGAAAAAAAGGAGAGAGAACUUUCAGCUGGCAUUCAACACUGCAGAGAACCUUGCUGAUUGUCCCCCUCUGUUGGAUGUGGAAGACAUGGUGCGUAUGAAGGUCCCUGACUCCAAGUGUGUUUAUACAUAUGUACAAGAACUAUAUCGUAGCCUGGUUGCUAAAGGCCUUGUGAAAACCAAAAAGGCAUGAACCAACCAUAGAUUCUGAGUGUGCAAAUAAGUAUGCAUGAGAGGUGAGAAGCCACUGUUCCUGUGUUCAUAAAUAAUAAAACCACACAGUGAUUAUGUGCAAACACACAAUUACAAUC